ACCAACGAAGAAGACAGGCAGUCGGCGUGUCCACAUGGUUGUGUUUUCUACGGUAUUUACCUGUUUCAAAAUCCUUUUUAACGUGUCCUCUACACCUUUAAAUCACCUGUAGUUCGUCGCAGGGCUGCUGAGUGAAACCACAUCUGACAGAAGUGCAGAAUGAAGACUAAAUGGAAGCAAAACAGCAAGAAGAGGAAGAAGGGUAGUGAAGUGCUGGAGAAGUGCCUGGUGGCUGUGGAUGAGUUCAUUAAGAAAAAUACUGCAGGAGAAGAAGAAGGAGAGAACGACCAUGGGUUGAGAUUUGUGAAGAAGAAGAGCAGGAAGGAGCUGCGGAAAGAGACGAGGAAACUGAAGAAAGCCAAGAUGAAGAACUACUAUGAGGGCAAAGGGACCCUCAGUGUUGUCCUGGAUGAAGAGGAAGAGAAACAAGCCAAGAAGAAGAAGAAGAAGAAGAAGAAGAAACCUAAAGUAAACAAAGAAGAGUCAACAGGUGAAGCAACAGAACAACAAAACAAAUCUAAAAAACCUUCAAAGAAAGUCAACAAGCUCCAGGAGUCCAGGAGGAUGGCUCUGCUGGAGGCCAACGAACAAGAGGACCGAGAGAUAAAGAGGCUGGAGAAAUACCUGGGGUUGAACAAGAGGAAGAACAAGAAGAGUCUUCCUCAGUCCUUCGUCGCCGACGGACUGGAUUACAUCCUCGGCGCGCUGGACUCUGGGUCGUCCGCUGGGGGGUUGUACGACGAAGACGAGGACAUGGAAAUGGCGAAGGACAAUUUUGAAAGGCUGGAAAGAAGUGACUCUGAGGAGGAUGAGGAAGAGUCUGGAGAAGAGGAGGAAGAGUCUGGGGAGGAAGGGGAUGAAGAUAUUGGAUCAAUGGAUGAUGACAGUGAGGAGGAGGAGGAGGAGGAGGAAGAGGAAGUGGUUGAGGAAGAGGAGGAAAUGGAGGAUGAUCAGGACGAGACAGAAGCAGCUGACGAUGAAGAGGAAGCAGAGGAAGAAGCAGUCACUCCUGAUGCAAAGACAGCUGAAACCGUGCCCUCUGCAGCAGGUAAAUACGUCCCGCCUCACCUGAGGAACGCCGGGGACGACAAGCGCAGAGUGGAGCUGGAGAAACUGAAGAGGAGCGUGAAGGGUCUCGUGAACAGGCUGAGCGAGCCCAGCAUGGCAUCGAUCAGCGGUCAGCUGGAGGAGCUGUACAUGAGCUGCAGCAGGAAGGACAUGACCGACACACUGACGGAGGUGCUGCUGUCCGCCUGCGUCUCCUCCGCCCUGAUGCCCGACAGACUGCUGAUGGAGCACGUUCUGCUGCUCAGCAUCCUGCACCACUCCGUCGGGCUGGAGGUGGGAGCCAGCUUCCUGGAGACGGUGGUGCGGCAGUUCGACGAGGUCUACAAGAACCCGUCGGACACCAAGGAGUGCGACAACCUGAUCUCCAUCAUCUGCCACCUGUACAACUUCCAGGUGGUCCACUCCGUGCUGGUGUUCGACAUCCUCAAACACCUGGUGGGGGCGUUCACGGAGAAGGACAUCGAGCUGGUGCUGAUGGUGCUGAGGAACGUCGGCUUCGGCCUGAGGAAGGACGACGCUCUGGCCCUCAAGGAGUUCAUCUCCGAGGGCCAGCGCAAGGCCGGUGACGUGGGGACCAAGUUCCAGGAUCAGACCAGGGUGCGCUUCAUGCUGGAGACCAUGCUGGCUCUGAAGAACAACGACAUGAGGAAGAUCCCCGGAUACGAUCCCGAGCCCAUGGAGAAACUGAGGAAGCUGCAGAGGACUCUGGUGCAGCGGCGAGCAGGAGGCAGUGACAUGAAGCUCAGGGUCUCUCUGGAUAACCUCCUGGCUGCGGAUCAGGUCGGGCGCUGGUGGAUCGUGGGAUCCUCGUGGAGCGGAGCGCCGAUGAUCGGAGAACAGAGCAGCAGUACCUCCAAUGAGACGGAAGGAAAGUUCAGCGCCAAAGUCCUGGAGCUGGCGAGGAAGCAGAGGAUGAACACUGAGGUCAGGAGGAACAUCUUCUGCGUGGUGAUGACCAGCGAGGACUUCUUGGACGCUUUCGAGAAACUGCUCAGGAUGGGACUGAAGGACAAGCAGGAGCGGGAGAUCGUUCACGUUCUGAUGGACUGCUGUCUGCAGGAGAAGACCUUCAACGGUUACUACGCCGUGCUGGGAGAGAAAUUCUGCACACAUGACCGACGCUUUCAGAUGACGUUCCAGUUCAGCCUCUGGGACAAGUUCAGGGAUCUGUCCAGCCUUCCCAGCAGCACCUUCAACAACCUGGUGCAGCUGGUGUCUCACUUCCUGCAGAAGAAGUGCCUCUCGCUCUCCAUCCUCAAAGUGAUAGAGUUUGGGGAGCUGGAUACCACGGUGCGAUUCCUUCGUCAGCUGCUCACCAAACUGCUGAAAGAAAUGGACCCUGAGGAGAUCGCCGGCAUCUUUGGAAGGAUCUCAGGAAUUCCCAAGCUAGGAAUGCUGCGGGAGGGCUUGAAGCUCUUCAUCAGUCACUUCCUGCUGAAGAGCUUCCGGACGCAGGGACCAGCUGAGCAAGCAGCCGAGCUGUCUGAGCGAGCUCAGGUCGCCACCAAGGCCAUGGAGGCCAAGGAGGCCAAGCUCAAACUGUAACACACACACACACACACACACACACACACACACACACACACACACACACACACACACACACACACACACACACACACCGUGGAACAGAAGAAGGACUUGUCUCGUUUCCUUGUACAUAAUUAUAACCUUUGGGCUGUUAGAGACGCACCAGUCCUCCCCAUUUUAUUUUACCAUGUUGUAUACUGGUUCAAAUUUAUCAUCCUGCAAUAAAUCUCCAGAUUUCAAGUUUUAA